AUGGCCCACCAGAUCCAGACCUGGCACCCGGCCAAGACAUUCGUCAAGAACAUGUGGCGUGCCAUGUACAGGCUCUACGAACGAGAUCAGGUCAUUUACGACUCUGACAUUGAAGAGCAUAUCAACGCUAGGAUGCUUAGGUUUUACUUGUACAACGUCGAGAGCGUGUUGGAAUGGCAGAUUGGAGACGAAGAAUCGGAACAUGAGGUGUCAGGUGAUGAACCAUCAGAUGAUGAGGCGUCAGAUGUUGAAGAUGACGACGAUGAUAUGUCGAUGGCGGAUUCGACGGAGUAA